GGGCCGCUGCGUCCGCCCGCCCUUAAAGGGCCAGCACCCCGGAAAACUCGCAGUCCCGCUCGGCGCGCGGUCGUUACCACCUAUCACGCCCCUCACCCUCAGACUCUUAGUCCCUCCCCGGCCCUUGGCGUCUCAGGGCUCCCAGCAACCAGCUGGCUCUCACUCUCCCGGCCCAGGGCUGGGGCCGCAGGGUCUCUGGGCCGAGCUCAGCCCCUCGCGAGCUGGGAUCCCUUCCAGAGGUCCGUUCCCCGCCCUCGCCUCCUCCCCGUCACCCCCUCUUCUGCGGGACCCCUGGGAGCGCCUCGGUGGCUUCAGGGUGGGGAUGUUUCCUAAUCUCAGGCCGGGGUUAAAGUUCUGGUCCGAGUGAGAUGCUGGAAGCUGCGGCCCGAGCCGUAAUCCGUCUCGGAGGUGUCCAGUAGCCUGUCGCCGCCGCCGCCACUGCCGCCCUGCCGGGGCCAUGUUCGCUCUGGGCUUGCCCUUUUUGGUGCUCUUCGUGGCCGCGGUCGAGAACCAUCUGGGGGUUUUGGGGCCCAAGAACGUCUCUCAGAUAGACGCAGAGUUUGAGCGCACCUACAUAGACGAGGUCAACAGCGAGCUGCUCAACAUCUACACUUUCAACCAUACUGUGACCCGCAACCGGACGGAGGGCGUCCGUGUAUCUGUGAAUGUGGAGAACAAGCAGAAGGGGGCUCCUUUGCUGUUCGUGGUCCGCCAGAAGGAGGCUGUGGUGUCCUUCCAGGUGCCCCUAAUCCUGCGAGGGCUAUUUCAGCGCAAGUACCUCUACCAGAAGGUGGAACGAACCCUGUGUCAACCCCCCACUAAGAAUGAAUCCGAGGUCCAGUUUUUCUAUGUGGAUGUGUCUACCCUGUCACCGGUCAACACCACAUACCAGCUCCGGGUCAGCCGCAUCGACGACUUUGUGCUCAGGACUGGGGAGCAUUUUAGCUUCAAUACCACAGCAGCUCAGCCCCAGUACUUUAAGUAUGAGUUCCCUGAGGGUGUAGACUCUGUGAUUGUCAAGGUGACCUCCAACAAGGCCUUCCCCUGCUCGGUCAUCUCCAUUCAGGAUGUCCUGUGCCCCGUCUAUGACUUGGACAACAACGUGGCCUUCAUCGGCAUGUACCAGACGAUGACCAAGAAGGCGGCCAUCACUGUGCAGCGUAAAGACUUCCCCAGCAACAGCUUUUAUGUGGUAGUGGUGGUGAAGACUGAAGACCAGGCCUGUGGGGGCUCCUUGCCUUUCUACCCCUUUGUAGAAGAUGAACCGGUUGAUCAAGGGCACCGCCAGAAAACCCUGUCAGUUCUGGUAUCUCAAGCAGUCACAUCUGAGGCCUAUGUUGGUGGUAUGCUCUUCUGCCUGGGCAUAUUUCUCUCCUUCUACCUGCUGACCAUCCUCCUGGCCUGUUGGGAGAACUGGAGGCAGAAGAAGAAGACCCUGCUAGUGGCCAUGGACCGAGCCUGCCCAGAAAGUGGUCACCCUCGGAUCCUGGCUGACGCCUUCCCUGGCAGCUCCCCAUAUGAGGGUUACAACUAUGGCUCCUUUGAAAACUGUUCUGGAUCCACCGAUGGUUUGGUUGACAGCGCCGGGGACCUCUCCUACAGUUACCCUGAUCGCUCCCUUGACCCAGUGGGCACUCGACCACGGCUGGACUCCAUGAGCUCAGUGGAAGAGGAUGACUAUGACACGCUGACCGACAUUGAAUCUGACAAGAAUGUCAUUCGCACUAAGCAAUACCUCUAUGUGGCUGACCUGGCACGCAAAGACAAACGUGUUCUGCGGAAAAAAUACCAGAUUUACUUUUGGAACAUUGCCACCAUCGCUGUUUUCUAUGCUCUUCCUGUGGUGCAGCUGGUGAUCACCUACCAGACGGUGGUGAAUGUCACAGGGAAUCAGGACAUCUGCUACUACAACUUCCUCUGUGCUCACCCGCUGGGCAACCUCAGCGCCUUCAACAACAUUCUUAGCAACCUGGGGUACAUCCUGCUGGGCCUGCUCUUCCUGCUCAUCAUCCUACAGCGGGAGAUCAACCACAACCGGGCUCUGCUGCGCAAUGACCUCUGCGCCCUGGAAUGUGGGAUCCCCAAACACUUUGGCCUGUUCUAUGCCAUGGGUACAGCCCUGAUGAUGGAGGGGCUGCUCAGCGCCUGCUAUCAUGUCUGCCCCAACUAUACCAAUUUCCAGUUUGACACGUCAUUCAUGUACAUGAUCGCUGGACUCUGCAUGCUGAAACUCUACCAGAAGCGACACCCGGACAUCAACGCCAGUGCCUACAGUGCCUACGCCUGCUUGGCCAUCGUCAUCUUCUUCUCUGUGCUGGGCGUGGUCUUUGGCAAAGGGAACACAGCAUUCUGGAUCAUCUUCUCUGUCAUUCACAUCAUUGCCACCCUGCUGCUCAGCAUACAGCUCUAUUACAUGGGCCGCUGGAAGUUGGACUCCGGCAUCUGCCGCCGCAUCCUGCACGUGCUCUACACAGACUGCAUACGACAGUGCAGUGGACCCCUCUACGUGGACCGCAUGGUGCUGCUGGUUAUGGGCAACAUUAUCAACUGGUCGCUAGCUGCCUAUGGGCUCAUUGUGCGCCCCAAUGACUUUGCCUCCUACUUGUUGGCCAUUGGCAUCUGUAACCUGCUUCUUUACUUUGCCUUCUACAUUAUCAUGAAGCUACGGAGUGGGGAGAGAAUCAAGCUCAUCCCCCUGCUCUGCAUCGUCUGUACCUCUGUGGUCUGGGGCUUCGCACUUUUCUUCUUCUUCCAGGGACUCAGCACCUGGCAGAAAACCCCUGCAGAGUCCCGGGAGCACAACCGAGACUGCAUUCUCCUGGACUUCUUCGAUGACCAUGACAUCUGGCACUUUCUGUCUUCCAUCGCCAUGUUUGGGUCUUUCUUGGUGUUGCUGACACUGGACGAUGACCUGGACACUGUGCAGCGGGACAAGAUCUACGUCUUCUAGCGCGAGCUGGGCCCCUUACGUCACCUCAUGGGGCCCUGAGCUCCUCCUCUGCCUCACUGGUCCCGUAGAGCUGGGGCUGUGAGUCUCAGCCUUGCUGCCCAGUGCUGGAUGUGGGCAAGACAGUGGGAGCCAGCCCAGGCCUGGUCCGGAAUAGCCACAGGGAUGGCCUUGAGCCUUGCCCUCUGCCAGGGAGGAGGCCUACUCCCCUGAAAUCCCAGACAAUGGCCAAAUUGCUGCUUUCUUCUCAGUGUUGGGGCCGUGCACAGGUUGGCUCUCCGUUUGUCUCUCUGUAGGAGGAAGGAGGGAAAGUUACCCUCCCCAUUUCAUGCCUUGCAUUCUGCCCGUCCAUCCCCUCCCCUUCAGCCUAGAACCCUAAGCCCUUUCUUCCUCCCAGACUCCCAGUCCAGAACCCUAGCCUGCGGUCUGGUUCUUUGUCCUG